AUGGCUUCUGCUUUGCUUUUUCUUCUUUUCUUUCAUUCCAUAAUAACCCUCUCUAUAGCCAGCGUAAACAUAGACUGUGGAACGUCAUUGUCAAGCGUAGACAACAACAAUAUAAAAUGGGUCGGAGACACAGACUUCAUCACAUCCGGAGUGUCGGCCACGGUUUCCUCCACCACCGAGAAAUCCCACACCACACUUCGGUAUUUUCCAACCGAUGAAUCAAAUUGCUACUCCAACAUUCCGGUUACAAAAGGCGGAAAGGUCCUAGUGCGAACGAUGUUUUACUAUGGGAACUAUGACGGGAAGUUUUCAUCCCCAACGUUCAGCAUAGUGUUCGAAGGUAAACACGGGCGCACUGUAUCGAUAACCUCGGCCUUCGUACCUUACAUUUUGGAGCUGAUAUUUUCUCCGGCCAGUGGAGAGACCAACGUUUGUUUUGUGCGUACGUCUACCUCAUCAGACCCUUUUGUAUCCUCCAUUGAAGUUGUCGACUUGGCCGAUGGCAUGUAUGACGACCUCGGUCCUGGUGAAGGUUUGUUUUACCAACAACGAAUUGCGUAUGGCUCAACUGAAAUUUUAAGAUCGGAUCUUUACGGUAGGUUCUGGCUUCCUUCCGAGAUAACCUUAUUGUUCACAGUAACACCAUCCUUGGCUGCAUCCAUCGAUACCUCUGGUGCAUCAAACAACCCGCCUGAGUCCAUCCUCCGUAACUCUUGGACUUGGAGCAUGGAAGGCUUAACAUUAUUCGACCCCAGUCUUCCUUCUGGAGGAGUUCCGGUUUAUUUGGCUAUGUAUUUCUCGGAGCCUCUGCAGUCCAGUGUACGAUCGUUCAACAUAAUAUUUGGCAGUACAAAAGUUGGUAACGGUCCAGUUGUACCAAUGUUUGGAAAAACUACACAAGUUGUAGUGAGAGACGUCGCGGCCAGCUCUAGCACCCAUCUAUUCUUCCAGUCCACAGCUAGUGCGGUUUUACCCCCCAUGAUAAAUGCAUUGGAGCUUUAUGUGAUAAGUUCGGGUACAAGCGGAAGCGGAAGUGGAAGCGGAUCAGGAACAGGUGGAGAUGGUGGUGGUGAUAGUGGUGGUGGUGGUGGUGGAGGAGGAGGGUCUGGGAGCGGAGGGUCUGGUGGGACUAGCAAAGGAGGAAGCAAUGAAGUGAGUUCAGGCGGGUCAACCAAUGAAGAAAAGAAAAGUAAACUGCCAAUAAUAAUCGGUGUUGUCAUCGCGGUAGCGGUUGUUCUUAUUAUCGCAUAUGUGUUCAUUGCUAUUUUCUUGGGAAAUCGUCGCAGAGCUAGGAUGCAAGCGUUGGCAUUGCCAGCGUCCACAGUGACUAAUUUGGGGACCGGAGCAUCCCCUCUAGACGGACAACAAAUAGGCAACGAUUCAAAUCAGCCUACAAUUGAUGCGGACAUAGGAGAAAUCGGCGACUUAAUUGGAGUGAAUCAAUUGUAUGUAGCGCAAUGA